AUGUCUGCAGCAAAACACACUGAUGUGCUUGUGUAUGGGCUAGGGGCCAUCGGUUCGUUUUAUGCAUUUAUUUUGAGCAGAGCACCAACUGUCCGCUUGACGGUGGUGGCGCGAUCGAAUUUCAGUGCAGUCAAGGAAGGAGGCAUUGUUCUCAACAGCGAAAGUCAUGGUCGUCACAUCAUAGCCCCAUCGAAAGUUCUCCGGACAGUAGCGGAAGCCGGUCAGAGGUUUGACCUCAUUGUCUGCGCCAACAAGGCACUUGAUCAAGACGCGUCAGCAGCCCAGAUUGCGCCAGCUGUCGACGAAGAGAGGACUACCAUUGCGAUCAUUCAAAACGGUGUUGGCAACGAAGAACCCUUCAGAACACGAUUCCCUCGUGCGACAAUUAUUUCCUGUGUGACUUGGACAGCAGCCACACAACCCAAGCCUGGCCAAUUCGAGCAGAUCAAGUCUGAAGAUUUGCAGAUUGGACUGUAUCCGAACAGUGAUCUUGAUUCCAGGUCCGAGCAAGCGAAGCUCGACAGAUUCUCUGCCUUACUCAGGCAAGGAAACACUAAGUUCAACGUGGUACCCGACAUCCAAGUUUUGCGCUGGGAAAAGGUAGUCUGGAACGUCGCUUGGAACUCCCUCACCACGUUGACACAACUCGACACGCAUGCCUGGCUCCGCUCCUCUCCUGGAGCCAAGCUUAUGACGCAUAAGCUCAUGACGGAGGUUAUAGAUGUCGCGAUAGCCUGCAAUGUGCCGCUCGAUCACGAGCUCGCGGACCGCUUGAUCGACAGAAUUCUGUCAAUAGGCCCAAUCAGCAGCAGCAUGGCGAUGGACUGCCAAGCAGGCCGGGAGAUGGAAGUUGACAUCAUUUUGGGCUACCCGCUAAGGAAGGCCAGGGAGCUUGGGGUAGCUACACCUAUGUUAGAGGCGCUACACACAAUCCUAGUGGCCGUCAACCAUCGGUUGAAAAAUGUUUGA